UCGAGCACGACGUCAAUUUCUUCUUCAAUUACACCGAGCACGCAGUUCAUAGCUCCUUCCACUACAUCGACUACGACGUCAAUGUCUUCUUAUAUUAAUUCGAGCACGACGUCAAUUUCUUUUUCAAUUACACCGAGCACGCAGUUCAUAGCUCCUUCUAUUACAUUAACCACGACGUCUAUUUCUUCUUCAAUCGUAUCGAGCACGAAGUUUAUAGCUCAUUCUAAUACAUCGAGCACUGUGUUAAUAACUUCUUCCACUUCAUGGAGCACGAAGAUAAUAUCUCCUACUAUUUCACCGAGCAGGAUGUUAACAACUCCUUCCAUUACAUCGAGCACUGCGUCAGCUACUCCUUCCACUUCAUCAGACACGACGUUAAUAACUUCCACGACAUCGUGCACUGCGUUAGCCACUCCUUCCACUUCAUCGAUCACGACGUUAAUAACUCCUUCCAUUUCAUCGAGAACGACGCUAACAAAUCAUUCCACUACAUCGAGCACGACGUUAAUAAGUCCUUCGACUACAUCGAGCACGACGUCAACAAGUCCUUCUACUACAUCGAGCACAACUCAUUCCACGACAUCGAGCACGACGUCAACAACUCCUUCUACUACAUCGAGGACGACGUCAACAACUUCAGAACACAUAUCCUCCCUUCCGACUGACACUGCGAAAGUUUUACGCUCAGAUACAGUGCCAGUAAAAGUGCCACUUGUUGUUAGUAUCAACAAAAAGUUCAAGCCAGAACUAUCAGAUAAGUCAUCGAUCCUAUAUAAAAAAUACAAGAGAGAAUUCAAAUUAAAGCUUGAGAUCACGUAUAAGUCUAUGGAUGAUUUUCUUAGAGUAGAUGUUCUAAGAUUUAGAAAUGGAAGUACUGCAUGCGAUUAUGCAGUUGUUCUUAAACCCCGUAGUGUUUUGGCAAAGACAUCUAUACAGAAUAAAACGAAUUCGUUAAAUGGUGUUAAAAUUUUCAACGAAACUAUGAAAUCAGAAAAUAAAUCAAUACUUACAGCUUUUGAGAAGCUGAGAAAAGAAGAUCCAUGCAUCUCGGCCGACUGUGGAUACGGAUACAGAUGUACCCACGCAGAUUCUACCGUUGUGACAUGUGAACAUGUCUGUUCAAGUUGGAAUAUGUGUAAGAAUGAUGGCCUGUGUUUAUUAGAUGACAGACAUGAACUACCUAUUUGCAGGUGUAAAACAGACGAUCAAUACACUUACAGUGGACAGUACUGUGAGAAUAAAAAUGAAAAGUUGGCUUUGUCAAAAACCUACAUAAUUGCUAUAGCUGCAGGAUCGGGAGGUGGUUUGCUUACUAUACUAGUUGUCAUAAUUAUUGUUGUUGCACUGAAACGAAAGUCAAAUGGAAACAACAAACAGAGAGAUGACAGUGUCAGCCAUAUGAAAUCAGUUAGUAUGGACGAUCUACGCCUUGAUAGGAUGAAUGACUCUCGUUCAUCCAAUGGAUUUCUGCAUCGGCCUAGGAUACAUGCCUCCGAAAAUCAAUACGAGUCAGGAUUACCCGACACAAAAUAUGUUCAGGGUCGAGAACACAAGGUUAUGAAAGACAACAGAGGGGAAGAGACAUACAUAUACCAGCCUUCAAGUUAUAUAUAUCCAGUAUCAAGAGCACGGGAUGGAUCAACGUACAGCAGUCAUUCAGCAGGACCGUCUGUUUAUGACAACAUUGAUACGGAAUCAAAGUUCGAAAUUCAGCGUCCAAACAUUCGUCUUGGAUUUAUGAACAAAUAUUAACAGCGUGCUUCCCAUAUCACUGCACUACUAUCUCACCAUGAAGAUAUUUCUUCACAAGCAUAAAACGCUACCAAGCAAAAUAAUAGUAGACUAGGUAUGACCAAGACUGUUGAUGAGAAGUAAUGGAAUAUGAAAAACUUCAUACACGUAUCUAUAUGUGGAACUUCUUUUAUACAUUGUCUUCGUCAAAAACGUUUUUCGAGAGUAGAAAAGUACAAUUUCAUAACAGCUUUUAUCCGACAUAUUCGCGCUUGCCUUCUUAAUUGCGUUAAUAUGAAUAAAAAAAACUCCAAGCAUUUAAGCUAUACUAGCAUGCUUUCAGUUAGCUCUUGUAUUUACUGUUGCGUUUUCAAACAUUUGGUAAUGCUGUAACCUUUCUGCAGUUACUGAAAAAAAUGUAACAGUCAUUGUGCUUCAGGUGUCUGAUAAUUUUCAUACAAUCAUACAAACUUUCUUGCAUAAUGUCUACAUUGUUACGGCGAGAACGUUAUAGAAAUAUUAAACAGUGCAGCAAAGAAAUUGUUACAUCAACAAAUCUGUACAAAAUAUUUAUCUAUGUUUGAUAGAUUCAAACUUCUCUGACACUAUAUUUCAUUAUUAUUUACAUUUUUUUCUUAUGACAUCAUUGUUAUUUUUCUUGCCAUGAGUUGGUACAUGUAUAAUCAUUGCUGUUCUGUUUAUUCCAUGUUUUAAUGAAAAAUGUCUGAAUGUAUCAGCAGAAAUAACGUAAAGCUCAAAGCAUUGUAUUCUUUCAGAUAUUUGUAGAAUGUUUCAUCUCAUUUUUCCCUUCGUCUGUCCUGUCAUUUUAAAUGGAAUUUCCUUCAGCUUUAUACAUUAUACAUAUACCAGAGACUUGUGAUGUAAACUACCUUUGAUUUAUGUGCUUUCUAGCUCUUUGUCUUGCAAGACGGUAAACAGGUAUGAUUAAUUUGAUAAAUACAACAUGUUACCCAUUUGUUAGUUUGAACUUAUCACAUGUACAUAGAAUGUUGAUGAAUAUUUUGCAAAUAAACAAUUA